CCGAAAUGAUGGUUGUGCAAAAAAUACGACGAGCAUGCAAUUUACCCAAUGUCGCAAUUAAUGGAUUCGGUCGAAUAGGAAAAUGUGUACUCAGAUUAGCCCUCCAGUAUAACGUAAAUGUGGUUGCUGUGAACGAGCCGAGUGCCGAUGCAGCGGCGAUCGCGCACUCGUUCAAAUACGACACGGUUCAUGGGACGUAUCCCGGGAAGGUUUGCGUACACGAGAACAGUCUCGACAUCAAUGGCAGUAUCUUGAAAAUAUAUGGAGAAGAAAACCCAGAAAAGAUCAAGUGGAAUGAAUUACCGGUAGAUUACGUGAUAGAUUCGACCGGAAGGUUCACCGAAGUCGCACUGGCCAAGAAACACAUGGCUGCGGGAGUGAAAAAGGUGAUUAUCAGCGCGCCAAGCAAAGACGCACCUAUGUUCGUGAAGGGCGUCAACUUCAAUGAGUAUAAAAAGUGUAUGGAGGUAGUGUCAAAUGCGUCGUGCACGACUAAUUGUGCGGCACCGUUGUUGAAUAUUAUAAACAAAAAGUUCGGCGUAGAAAACUGUCUCUUUACCACAGUUCAUGCCAUGACAUCUAGUCAGGCUGUUCUUGACAAAACGAAAGACAGGUCGGCCCCUGGAAACAUUGUGCACAGCUCGACGGGCGCUGCGGAAGCCGUGGGAAUCGUUAUUCCUGAACUAAAAGGAAAAGUAACCGGUGACUCGAUAAGAGUGCCCACACUGGACGUGUCGCUGCUGAAACUUUAUAUAAACCUUAAAAAUUCCGUGAAACUAGAGGAAAUCAAGUGUGCGAUCUGGGAAACUGUGACAUUAUGCGACAAUGAUAUGUAUUCCUUCAUCGAAGAUAAGACUAAACUCGUCAGUUCCGAUCUCAUUGGCCAUCAGUAUUCAGCAAUAGUUGAUUUCAACCAAGUGUCGAUCAUCGGCGGAAAAUUCGUAACGAUCGGUGCUUGGUAUGACAACGAGAUGGGCUAUUCGAAAAGGCUUAUAGAUCUCUUCAAUCAUAUGGUGAAAGUGGAUAAAGAUAUAGCCGAUAAGAAAUGA